AUGAGAAAGAUCAUUUGUGUGGCAGAAAAACCAAGUGCUGCAAAGGCCAUUGCUGGCAUUCUGUCAAACAAUAACUUUCGAACGAGCCCAACCGAUGAUCGUUAUGUGAAGAAUUAUGAAUUUGAAUAUAGCUUUGACAAUCGUCCAGCCAAAGUGAUCAUGACUUCGGUCAGAGGUCAUCUAUCAGAGUUUGCCUUUGCGGGUAAAGCCAAUAAGGAAUGGUAUUCCUGUGAGCCAAUCGCACUAUUUAAAUAUCCAAUUAGCCAGAAUGUAGCAGAGGACUAUUCUGGAAUCGAGAAGAAUCUUAAGAUACUUGCUCGCUCGGCAAGCGUAGUGUAUAUUUGGACAGAUUGUGAUAGAGAGGGAGAAGCUAUUGGAGGAGAAGUUGCGGAUGUGUGUUUGUCAGUCAAUUCACACCUGGAGAUCUGGAGAGCACGUUUUUCUGCUAUGCAACCAGCAGCUAUUCAACGUGCAGCACAAAAUCCUGCAAGGAUUGACCAGCGCCAAGUUGAUGCUGUAAACGUGAGGUCAGAACUGGAUCUACGAAUUGGUGCUGCCUUUACGCGUAUUCAGACCAUGAGAUUGCGACAUAUGGUUGGCGAUAGAAAAGUAUUGAGCUUUGGUGGCUGUCAAUUCCCAACGCUUGGAUUUGUGGUUGAUCGAUAUUUAGAUAUCCAGGGAUUUAUACCAGAGAUUUUUUGGAAAAUUCACAUGCAACACACCAAGGGAACUAAUGGGCAAGAACAAACGACCCAAUUCAACUGGAAGAGAAACCGUUUGUUUGAUAGACAUGCGACAUAUGCGAUAUACGAACGAUGUAUUAUCAAUCCGGUAGCAGUGGUCACAAAACUAGACACCAGAAACGUCUCUAAACGGAAACCAUUGCCUCUGACGACUGUAGAAAUGCAGAAAACACUUUGUAAAAUACUUCGUAUGUCUGGUGAGCACAUCAUGAAGAUCGCAGAAGAACUCUAUACGGCCGGCCACAUCAGUUAUCCGAGAACAGAGACCGACCAGUACGAUUCCACUUUCGAAUUCCAACCCAUUAUUGAACAACACACCGAAGACUCUCAAUGGGGACAAUAUGCGAGACUUUUGAUGGGACAAAGCUUUGAAAGACCGAGAAAUGGGUCUAACAACGACAAGGCUCAUCCACCUAUCCACCCCACAGCCUACACAAACACUCUUAGUGGAGAUCACAAAAAGGUUUAUGAAUUUAUCGUUCGCCGGUUCUUGGGCUGUUGUUGGAGAGACGCUCAGGGAAGUGAGACAAAUAUAACAGUAUCUAUUGAAACCGAAGAGUUUGGGGCAAAAGGUUUAAUGAUUCUUGAACGUAAUUAUCUGGAUGUUUACACUUAUGACAAAUGGAGUGGUAAUAUAUUGGCUCGAUAUGACCUUCAUGAGCGCUUCACACCCACUGUACUUGACCUCAGAGAUGGCACCACAGAAGCACCUAAUUUAUUGACAGAGUAUGAUCUUAUUUCAUUAAUGGAAAAGCAUGAAAUCGGAACAGAUGCUACCAUUGCUGAGCAUAUUCAAAAGAUCCUUGAUAGAGAAUAUGCUUUCAAAGUCAACCAAUACUUCCGUCCAUCAAGCUUGGGAAUAUCACUUGUGUUAGGCUAUGAUGCUAUUGGAUUCGAAUCUAGCUUGAGCAAACCACAUUUAAGGCGAGAGAUGGAAGCAGAUCUUAAGAGUAUAUGCGAGGGGAGAAAAGAGAAAACUGAGGUUCUUCAAACCAGUCUUGAGCGAUACACAGAUAUGUUUGUCAAAUUAUUGAGAGAAUUUUCUACAAUGACACAUUCGAUAACUGUAAACUUUAAUCCCAAUGAGACACCUCCCCCUGGUGCAGAGAUUCAGCGAUCAAGAGCCUUUCAGAGACCUUCAAACGAAACACCCACACGAGGAGGAAGAGGAAGAGGAGGAAGAGGAGCUAGUGGAGGGAGUAGAGGAGGCCGAGCUAGAGGAGGAGCUAGAGGCCGUGGACGGGGUAGUGAGCGAGGCCGUGGACCUUCCCGUGCACCUCGCGGUCGUCGUGGUAGAGGUGAACAUUAA